GCUGUAUGUAUAUCGUGUAUGUACACAAAUUCAAUAGGGCUCUUAGAACUCGAUGUGUGUGAUGGAGGCUCCCAGAACUAAUCUGAUUGGUUGAGGCGGACAACAUCACGGGAUUGAUUGAAAGAUAUUUGAAGUCUAAUUGAACAAGCGUUGAAUGUUUUCUACGGUGCUAAGUUGCCUACUCUUUAGUCUAGAGGGAUUUAAAGUGUUUCACUCACGGAAAGUUCUUCACGACACUAAGUGGAUGAGAGGAAAAAAGCUAUGUAUUCUAAUCCAGUGCCAUCAACACCCUUCUCAGUAAAAGACAUUCUAAGUUGGACCGAAGCUCAAAACAAUUGUGGACUUGAUUAUCAGACAAUGAAUUUCCAGAUGCCCGCAAAUUUUCCCUUUGACAUGAAUCAUCGACCCUGUGAUCAGAUGAAUAUGUCCAUGAACAAUAAUCCAUCGUGUAUUUACGGAAACGCUGGAUCUCCUACUCAUUUACAGCCAACGUACACCAAUCUCUCCUACACCCCUCCUUUACCGGGACUGGGAGUAGGAGGACCACAUCCAGUACCCAAGGACUUCGAAAACACAUUAUCUGGGGUAAUGGACCCUUCACCUCCUCCCAGUGAAGAUGAUGACUCUAUGAAAGAGGGUAAACAAGUAUGUGCAUCACAGUCAUUGGGAAAUGCCAUAACGUCUUCUCUGACGUCACUUGCAGGAGAAAAAGGAAAAAUUUCACCAAUCUCAGCGUCAGAAUCAGGAGAAUGUCAGCUUCUUAAACAAAGGCAAAAACGGAAACCAAGGGUACUUUUUUCUCAAGCGCAAGUUUACGAAUUAGAAAGAAGAUUCAAACAACAAAGGUAUCUUUCCGCGCCUGAAAGAGAACAGUUAGCUAACAUGUUAAAAUUGACGCCAACACAGGUUAAAAUAUGGUUUCAAAAUAGGCGUUACAAGUGUAAACGUCAACGUCAGGAUAAAUCCUUAGAGUUAUCUGCCUUGCAACCACCAAGACGCGUUGCUGUUCCGGUGCUCGUGAGAGAUGGAAAACCGUGUAUGCAUGGACAAAAUAUACCACAGUCAUAUUCAGCACCGUAUAACGUGAAUCCAUUCGCGUAUUCUUCUGCAUCAUAUAACACAGUAAAUAACCACAUGCCUCCCAGUGUAAAUCAAAUGCAACAAAAUGGUUACGUUCAACAGCAGAUUCAUCAGGGUAUCCGUGCCUGGUAAAAAAAAGACAAUAUUUGUUACUUUUUGGAUAAUGAACUGGGCCACAAGCGCAGCUCAUCUUCUUCUUCUUCGCCUUGGGCGCUACGCUUGUCGAAAAAACAAAGUCUAUGACGUCUCAAUACUAGAGAUGACUUAUAUGACACCAUACGUGGCUCCUGGUCCAUAUUGUACGCUCGUACUAGUUAUUAUGAACUGUGUCAGAGAACAUUCAAAAGCAGUAUAAAGUAAUUAAAAGGAAAAGCCCAAAUUACUGUGAAGAAAAUUUUUCUUUUUAAAAGCGAGCUUUGGUUACUUACUGAAAAUACUAUUUGAAGAACUAUGAAGCAAGGGUGAUCACUAUAACGGCAGUGACCAUCAAUCGGACGACAUCGGCCAACUGAUAUAGGCUCAUUCAGGCCUUUGAUCUUUAUUUAUAGUAACAAUAUAAAACUACUUACAUAAACCACUGUUUAACAUACUUAUAGUUUAGGGCCUACUUAUUACAUACUGAGUUCGAUGAGUAACGCUAAUACAAUCUGGUGACAAACGCGUGGGUUAUGUAUAAUCUUGUGAUAGGACACAGAGUGUAUGACUUAUUCUAUUGUACUUUAACGUACGAACAGUCAAGGUUAAUUUGAAUUAAUCCAGAGUGCAACAACGAAAUCCAGAAACUAUGCCGAUGUAGAUAGAUGAUUUAUUUCCAACGAAAUUAUGACCAUUCAGCAUUAAAGCAAAUCGAAUGAAAUGCAACAACGAAUCCACAAACUAUUUUAGUUUUUCAAUAUUUGAGGUCUAGCGUAUUAUUUAAUUAUUUUAGAAGUGUUGUAAAAUUCCUAUCUGCAAAACCGAAAUCUAAAAGUUAUUUAUUCUUAGACAGGGGCGGACUGGGUAGCUCUGGGCCCCAGGACAAACUGGUUUCCUUGGACCUCCAUUGCGUUGAAGAAUAUGACGAGAAGACGAAACUAGCACCUCACUUCUCCUCGGAUUUAGGCCAUUAUAUGUUUCAGUAGAUGCAAAUAUGAUUUUAUUUAUUUUGAAAUAAAUGUAUGUCCAAUCAGGGCCGAUGGAUCCCUGCCUGACCCCUCUGGGCCCUCCUAGAGACCUAGUCCGCCCCUCAUCUUAGAAAUUUAAUUUGUAGUGCCUCCAUCGAUAAACUAUCACAAAUUAUACAGCAAUGCAUAUGCGAGUAAGAAUUCCCCCCUCCACCCCACACACAUACCAAAUAUAAACAAAAUUUCGAAUAGCAGGAUUUCAAAAUUUCGAAUAGCAGGAUUUCAAACUUUCUUGAACAUAAAAUAAUUGGGCUGAAUUAUAGAUAAUUCUACUAUCGUAAGAAUUGUUGCUAUAAUUGUUUAUGGCAAAAAUUGGAUAAGAUUAUAGAAUGUACAAUACCGAUGUUAUUAUUUUUUUAUAUGCUAAAUGAUGUAAUUUAUGAUUUGAAACUAACUCUGUGCAUAUUUGUACCUAAUGAUGAAUUAAAUAAAUAUUUUGUUAUGUAUAA